AAUGGCUGAUUCAGCGGUAAAAACAAAUGGAGACAGUAAUGGUAUUCCUUCUAGUGAAAAGAGAAAGCUCUUCAAAAGGGAACCUAGACAUAGGGUAUUUGUCAAUCGAAGUUUACAUUUAGACAAAAUUAAAUUCUUUGGUUUUGACAUGGACUAUACCCUAGCAGUCUACAAGUCACCUCAAUAUGAAGCUUUGGGUUUUCGUUUAGUAGUUGAACGGUUAGUGGAUAUUGGGUAUCCUGAGGCUAUAAACGAAUUUCGAUAUGAUCCAACAUUUCCUAUAAGAGGUCUUUGGUUCGACUCAAGAUAUGGAAACCUUCUGAAAGUCGACUCAUAUGGAAACAUCCUUGUAUGCAUUCAAGGUUUUAAGUUUUUAAAAAGAGAGUCCACAGGGGUGAAGUAUGGUGAAAUGCACAUAUCAUUUAAAUCGAUUUUUGAAGACGUUAGAGGAACUGUUGAUUGGAUUCAUCAGAAGGGUACGUUAAAAAGUGAAACUGUUGCUAAUCUAGAAGAGUAUGUUCAUAAAGAUGAUCGUAUUCCGAUUCUUCUGGAAAGAAUACGAGAACAUGGCUUUAAAUCUUUCCUGCUCACCAACUCCGAUUAUAAUUAUUCAAAUAAAAAGUGGACUGAGUACUUUGAUUAUAUAGUUGUUGAUGCUAGAAAACCACUAUUCUUUAAUGAAGGAACAGUUCUUAGACAGAUUGAUACGGACACGGGAAGAUUGAGUUUAGGAGUACAUACAGGUCAAAUUCGACCUGGUUGUAUAUACUCUGGUGGUUGCUGCGAUAUUUUUUCUAAAAUGAUAGGUGCCAAGGGCAAGGAUGUUUUAUAUAUUGGUGAUCAUAUUUUUGGAGAUAUAUUAAAGUCAAAGAAAAUUCGCGGCUGGAGAACGUUUUUAGUCAUUCCAGAAUUAGGAGCAGAAUUACAUGUAUGGACUGCAAAAAAAGAAUUAUAUAAUGAAAUACAAAAUUUCGAUUAUCGGCUUGCUGACUUAUAUAAGGAUCUCGAUAGCGCAACGACGGAGAAGCCUGACAUUCGUAAAAUUCAAACUGCAAUGAAGGAGGUGGCGUUGGAAAUGGACUUAGCUUAUGGACUAUUAGGAAGUUUGUUUAGAAGUGGAUCUAGACAAACAUUUUUUGCUAGUCAGGUAAUAAGAUAUGCCGACUUGUACGCCUCCACAUUUCUUAAUCUACUGCAAUAUCCGUUUUCAUAUUUCUUUAAAGCUGCGCCUAUGCUGAUGUCACAUGAGUCUACAGUUGAUCACGAAGAUUUCAUGAGACUUUCAGAUGAGGAAUUAGAAAGAACCCAGUUGUGUCCACGGUCUAGAUCAGUUUCAGAUGUACAAGCUUCCCUAAAUCCCCUAGAUGGGGCAUCGCCCAUUAAAGACGUUAAUUUGCGAGAGGCUUUAUUACUCAAAAAAGCUAGGGAUGGUUCGAAAGACUCUAAAACACAAGAAGUUGCUAAUUUACCACGAGCAAGAGCAGAAACGCCAAAGAAAUUAACACACCACCACGACGAAGAUGAUAGUGAUGAAAGUAGCACCGGGUCAGAAGAAGUCAAACAAACCGUCAGUUUAUCUAGCUCUCCAAAUUAA